UCUAUCCGUCCACACUUGUAUUUCUUUCGAUCCAUUGGAUAAUAUCGAACGAUAUAUGUAUAUAUUGUGAUUGAAUUGAAACAUAUCAUACAUAUAUUGAUGCCAAUUAGGGAUAGAGAUCCAUUGGUGGUGGGAAGAGUGAUAGGAGAUGUUUUGGAUCCGUUCAUUCGAUCGAUCCCUCUUAGAGUUGUUUACAACAACCGAGAGGUUAACAAUGGCGGAGAGCUUAGCCCUUCCAUGGUCGCAAACCCUCCUAGGGUUGAUAUCGGGGGACACGAUCUAAGAACCUUCUACACUUUGGUUAUGGUGGAUCCUGAUGCUCCAAGCCCUAGUGAUCCUAGUCUUAGAGAAUACUUGCAUUGGUUGGUGACGGAUAUUCCGGCAACGACGGGCGCAAGCUUCGGGCACGAGAUCAUGUGCUACGAGAGCCCACGGCCGUCGAUGGGAAUCCACCGCUUCAUCUUCGUACUUUUCCAGCAGUUGGGUCGGCAGACGGUUUACGCUCCGGCGUGGCGGCAGAAUUUCAACACCAAGAACUUUGCCGAGCUCUACAAUCUCGGGUCCCCCGUCGCCGUCGUUUAUUUCAAUUGUCAGAGAGAGACGGGCACCGGCGGGAGAAGACGAUGAGGUCGUCUUUUCUGGCCCCGUCGGUGUAAUAACUUAUAAUGUCUUGAAAAUUAGACCCGAACUCGGACUCAUACCACACCGCCUAAUUCAAGGUUGUAUGAAAACUAGUUAGUCCCACACACAAUAUGCUUGUUAUUAUUUAUUUUGCAUGUAAUGUUAUGAAAUAAAACAUAUGUAUGUGAGAAAUAAUAAUACAUUUAUAUGGAGGCAAGUAUGGUGUUAUAAUUGAAUAACAAAAAUAUUACAUAUUA